GUCAGACCUCCCCUUCCUGGCUAUAUAAGCUGCGACGGGACUGCAGCAAGAGCAGCAGCUCAGUUUUUUGUAGGCUGACUGCAGGAAGAGUCAAAGGGACAGAGCAUCCCGUCCUCGCAGUCAUGAGUAGCUCCGGUUACGACCCCUACUUCUCCUCCUCCUGCUACAAGCGCUGGUAUGUGGAGAGCAGCCCCAGGGCUCCGGCUCGCAGCCGCUCCCGUACCAUCUACACCAGCCACGCCGCGCCGCUGCCCUCGGCCCGGCUGCACUAUGCCUCCCCCGGCCGUACCUCGUCCUCCUCCCUGCUGCUGAGCAACCCGGCCCAUUCGGUGGAGCUGGACCUGUGCCAGGCAGCUCAGGUCAGCUCCGAGUUUAGGCAAGUGCGCACCCAGGAGAAGGCCCAGCUCCAGGAGCUGAACGACCGCUUCGCCGGCUUCAUCGAGCGGGUCCACGAGCUGGAGCAGCAGAACCGUGCCUUGGAAUCCGAGCUGCUGCUACUCCGCCAGAGGCAUGGAGAACCAUCUCGUCUCCGGGCCCUGUACGAGCAAGAGGCCCGAACCCUGAGGGCCGCGGUGGACGAGGCGCGUUUGGAGAAGCAGGCCGCCCUCAGUCAGAGGGACCACAUGGAGGACACCCUGAGAAACCUGCAGGGUCACUACGAAAAGGAGGUGCUGGCCCGCGAAGACGCCGAGGCCAAGCUCCUGGAGGCCAGGAAGGAGGCGGACGAGGGUGCUCUGUCCCAAGUAGAGCUAGAGAAGAGGGUCAACACUCUGCUGGACGAGCUGGCCUUCCUCAAGAAGAUCCACGAGGGCGAGAUCUCCGAGCUCCAGGUGCAGAUCCAAUACGGGGCGCAGAUCGCCGUUGAGACCGAGGCGACCAAACCCGACCUCUCCAGCGCUCUGAGGGACAUCCGUUCGCAGUACGAGAGGCUGGCGGCACGAAACAUGCAGGCGGCUGAAGACUGGUUCCGCGGCAAAGUGGGGCACCUGACCGAGAGCGUCGCCCACCACAGCGAAGCGGUAAGGAGCUCCAAGGACGAGGCGGGAGAGUACCGCCGUCAGCUGCAGGCCUGCGUCUUGGAGAUUGAUGCGUGCAAAAGCCUUAACGACUCUCUGGAGAAGCAGCUGAGAGACGUGGAAGACAAGCAGAGUGCAGAGAUCGCAGCAAUGCAGGACACAAUCAACGAGCUAGAAAACGAGCUAAGAGCGACUAAAGGUGAGAUGGCCAGGUAUCUCAAGGAAUACCAGGAUCUGCUCAAUGUCAAGAUGGCCCUCGAUAUUGAAAUAGCUGCAUACAGGAAGCUCCUAGAAGGCGAGGAGUCCCGCUUCAACGUGGGCAUGGGCGUAGGCAUGGGCGUGGCAGGAGGUUUGGCCAGUGCUUACUCGAUUGGCCCCGCCUACUCUCGGCCCAUGUUCACUAUGCAGUCCACGGUGAGCUCUGGCGCCCCCUAUCUGCUCGGCUCUCGCCUGAUCAGCUCCACUCUCUCAGCUAUGCCACCACGAGUGGAAAAGGAGGAGGAAGAGGAGGAGGAAGCGGAGGAGGAAGAGAAGGAAGAAGAAGAAGAGGAAGAAGGAGAAAAGGAGGAGGAGAAGGCAGGAGAAGAGGAGGAAGAGGAAAAGGAGGGGGAAGAGGAGGAGGAAGCUAAAGAGGAAGAGCAGGAGGAAGAAGAAGAGAAAGAAGGAGAGGGUGAAGAGGUGGAGGAGGCAGCAGCCGAGGCAGCAGAAGAGGAGGAGGAGGAGGAAAAGGAAGGAGAAAAAGAAGAAGGAGAGGAAGGAGAAGGAGAGGAGGCUGAAGAAGGUAAGGACGAGGAGGAAGGAGCAGAGAAAGAAGAAGCAGAAGAAGAAGCUGCUGCUGCUGAGGAAGAGGAGGAAAAAGAAAAGGAGGAGAAGGAGCAGGAGGAAGCCGCCGGUGGUGAGGAAGAAGGAGCAGAAGAGGCUGCAGGAGAGGGAGAGGAGGAGGAAGAGGGAGAGAAAGAGGAAGAUAAGGAGGAGGAGGCCGAGGCAGAGUCAGAAAAAGAUAAAGGUGAGGCAGCCGCAGAACCAGAGAGCGAGGACACAGAACCAGCAGCCCCAGCUGAGAAGCAGAAACCCGAGGUAAAGAAGGAAAAAGCAGAACCUGAACCGGCUAAAGAAAAAGUGGAGGCAAAGCCAGAGCCAGCUAAAGAAAAGGCAAAGCAAGAGCCGGAGAAGCCCAAACCCAAGCCCAAAGAGAAGGCAGAGGCCGAAAAGCCAAAACCGAAAGACGAAGGCGACAAAGCCAAAGCCGAGGCCAAGGAGAGCCCAAAACCCGAGCCGGAGAAGAAGAAGAAAGAAGAGGAGAAGCCUAAAGCAAAGAAGUAAGCUCUGCUAUUUCAGACAGAACAGAAACUUCAACUCUCUGCACUUGUUUGCAGAGAGGGUGCAAUCCAAUGAUGUCCGAGUUUAGAAUAAGCUAUAAAUGCUCUGAAAACAGGCUGGAUGUAUGCAAUUUAUGUAGGAGUGAAAGAAAGAGUGAUAUUUGAAUGUCAUGAGUUCACAAAGUCUGUCUGAAUAAAUGUGAAACUGCAAAUGCAAUAAUAAAUAUGCUUCUGGAGCAUCAAAAAAAGA